AUGAUGCGAAGAGCUUUGAGCCAAGCGUCGAGACGUUUGCGAGCGUCGGCUUCUUCGGGGACGUCGGGUUCGUGCCAAACACCGUCACCUUUUCCGAGCAUCUGCAGAGCCUACGGCGGAGGGGGAGGCUUUUUGGACAAAGACCUCGUCAACGAUCGUAUCGUCGCCGUCGUGAAAAAUUUCAGCAAAGUGGACCCAUCGAAAGUCACGAAAGCGUCGCACUUUGGAAAAGAUUUAGGUUUGGAUUCCUUAGAUACGGUUGAAGUGGUGAUGGCGAUCGAGGAGGAGUUUGCGAUUGAAAUACCAGACGCGGAGGCGGAUAAGAUUUUGAGCAUCGAAGAGGCGAGCGCGUAUAUCGCGAGUAACCCGGACGCGAAGUGA